GCGAAAGUCAAUCGUGAAUGUUUAGAAUAGACAUACUAGUUAUCGACUAUGCUUGCUCAUGAGUUAAUAUGCGCCCAAAUAGAGCCAUCUUUCCGCAUUUUUGAGAGAUUCAAAAGUUGGGAAAAAGAAUAUAAAGUAAACAGCCUUACUGAUAAUACUACGGUCUGUUGUGAGCUAAUUGAAGCUAAUGCUAGUUUGCAGCAUGAAUUGUUCAAAAUUUUAAGGUUGUUCGUGACACAAGGUAGCCUUUGUACAGAAAGUAACAAAGUAUUUCCUGAAGCCUUUGUUGAGGAAACAAUUAAAAAGUCUUAUCUGUCACCGGCACUGAUUUCAGAAAAUAACUUCCAUCAAAACCAGAGGGACUUACAUUCAUGUACCAAUAUACAUCCGACGGCAAAAGAUUAUCGUGAUAAGUUGGAUUAUUCGAAAAGCUUACCAAGUUUAGAAAAUGAGAUUUUAGAACGCCUAAUACAAAGUCAAAUUCAAUGUGAUAGAUUAACCAAUCAACUAAAAGCUCAAAGCAUGGAAUUUAUUCAACCUAAUAUAGAAAAUAAAUCAAUUUACUCUACUCAAAAGCGACCCAGAGCUAUGGUAGAUACUGAAAGCAUAGUGGCUUCUCCUGUAUCUGAAUACGAUCUUAAUAAACCAGUAAAUGAACGAUGUGAUGAUGAUAUUUAUCCUCAGGACAGUGAUAAUUCUUUCAUUUCUAAUGAUCAUCUGGUGAAAUUUGUUGAAGAUAAAAAUGUUACAAGUCAUCUUCAAAGUUGGCUUUCUCCUUUGGUUAGCCGAUAUAAUGAUCUAUUCACGAAUUUACGAGUGUCGUGUAUGGAUUAUCUUCAAUCAUUAGGUCAAUCAGAUUGUGCAAGAAAUCAACGCUUGAUUUUUCACGCGGUUCAAGCCGGUUUCACUGUCACCAGCCAUGUGAUCCAUCGUCUUCCCAGUUGCACGCAAAAAGAAAAUUAUGUGUCAAGGAAUGUUGGUGAGCGACAAUUCUCCGCAUCAGACAUAUCGCUCAAUGCUGAUCAAUUAGAUAAACUUGUAGCCGCAACAUUCAGGCGUCUUUCACGCCAUGCUCCACCCGAAUGCGCAUGUCAUACUUCAAUUACUUCGAUGUGUGGGACAAAUAUUAAACGGCCUAUUUCCAUAAGACGACCUGUGACAUCUCAGGAACUGACUGCUUUAGAUAACCUUCUAAAGGAAGUUUGUUGUCUUGCUUGGCACCUACUGGCUGGAAAAAAGAGUCCACAACUAGAUAUCGAAUCAGAUGGAAUUCAAUCUACUUGGUAUGCAGAUGUGGAUAAAGCUGCCAAACCUGGUGAUCCAUACAAUGAUAAAUGUUAUCGAAGAAGCUAUGAUUCAGAUCCAUCUGCUGGUCAAGUUCACCAUUACAUUUGGCCAUGUUUAAUUUUAUAUAGUCAAAGACCUACUGAAAUUCAACAGCGAUUUCAAUCAACAAAAAUGGAUAAGACUAAUAGAUGUAAAUCGGUUAAAGCAUGUAUUUUGGUGAAAGGAGAAGCAUGUACACGUAAUCCAAUAUAUGCAGCAUCGCAAAAAGAUAAAGCUGCUGCUUUAUUAAAUCAUGAAUAUUCUUGUCAGAAUGUGUGUAGAUGCACGUCACCGCAGAAAUAUGGCAGAUCAAGAUCAGCAUCAAUUCGGAGGGUCUAGCAAAUAUUGCUUUGCUUUUAGAAAGAAACGUAGUGUUGACAAUUUAUUCAGAAAGCUUUGUUUAUUCAGUAGAAAAAUUCGGAAUGGUCUGCAUCAAUUAAUCCUUUUAGUUAUUCUGUAACAAAUCAGUUAGCUGUUGAAUUUAUAACUUUUUAUGUCUUUUAUGAUCAUUAUUAUUACUACUGUAGUAGUAUUGACUGUGUUUAUAAUUUAACAAAACCAUGACGAAUUUUGUACAAAACAGUUAUUUCGCAUAGAUUUUUAAAUAAAA